GCCUACCCCCAGAAUGUUCAAGUCUUGUGAUAGGUUGUUAUGUUAUAGUCUGGGGUUAUCCAUGGGCACACUGCUUUGGGCAUUUCGUUCGUGUUGAUGGAGUUUUGAUAACUUGGGUGAUUUAUUGAGUUUGUAUUCGAGUCGUCCUUCAUCCAUGGGAAACAUCUGUGACUCCUGCAGAGGCAGCACUUCUAGACCCGUGCCCGCGGCAGCUUCCAACAGUCAGUCGGCGAGGGCAGCCACUACCACCGUUGGUGGGGCCGUUGACAAAGUGCAGUAUGCUAAGGACAUCAGAGCAAUGGCGGACGAGUUGACUGCCAUGAUCGAUAGGCUGAACUGUGAUCCCAUCAUUGUCCGUUUCGCCUGGCACGACAGUGGGACUUAUGAUAAGUCUCUGCCUUGGCCGCAGUGUGGUGGGGCCAGCGGCGGCAUCAUCUAUGAUGUAGAGCUGUCUGACGCUGCCAACGCGGGGCUUCCGAAGGCGCUGAAGUUCCUUCAGCCGAUUAAGGCCAAGUACCCCGGUGUGUCUUGGGCCGAUACCAUCCAGUUGGCAUCGGCAUGCGCCUUGAAACACUGUGGGGGGCCUGAUAUUAUUCCUUAUAUGAAGUUCGGCAGGAAGGACAUCUCCGGUCCUGAGGAGUGCCCCCCAGCUGGGAGGCUUCCUAUGCCUGAAGGCGCCGACCAUUUGAGGAAGAUCUUCUACCGUAUGGGCUUCAAUGAUCAGGAGAUUGUCGCUCUUUCUGGUGGUCAUACUAUCGGUAGGGCCUUUAAAGAUCGUUCUGGCACGGUUGAGGAGGCUGCUGGGCGCGGUACUCAAUACACCAACGGCAGCGAGGUGGCUCGUCUUGAUGGAAAGGAGGGUAUCGGUAUGAAGGGUGGUCGUUCUUGGUGCAGGAAAUGGCUCAAGUUUGACAAUGAGUACUUCAUCAACAUCAUGGAGGAUGCUAAGUCCAAGAGCAAGGUUGAUAACGGUCUCCUUGUCCUCAAAAGUGACAAUUGCCUUGUCACGGAUCCGUCGUUCAGGCCAUACGUCGAGGUCUAUGCUAAGGACAACAACAAGUUCCUCUGCGACUACGCCCAAGCACACAUAAAGCUGAGCGAGCUCGGUUGCCAAUAUAUUGUUGACGGUGGGAUCAAGGUAUGA